UAGGGCGGCCGCGCAUGUGGCAAGACGCGGAACGGCUGGGACUUUGCCUGCUCCCGGGGUCUUCGGCGCCGGCCUCGCUUUCCCGCGCGCUUGCACCGCGGCUCUGGCGCCGGUUUGAGGACGCCCAAAAGGCAGGGCACCGACAGGGCUGGCCGGCCGCCGGCCUCUCCGGUUCGUGGCCGGAGCCCUGGAGGUGCCUCUUUGCAACGGUUGCGGGGCCACCCCGUUGCGGACUCUUCCCCGGCGGGGACUCUUGAGUGGCCUGCUCCGGAGAGAUGAAGAAGGGCCUGUUGGACUGUGAGCUGAGCUCCGCGCCGGCCCACUAGGGAGAGUCGGCGGGGGGCAGCCCGCGAUCUCCGGGAGGCCGCGCUCGCUUGCAGGCGCGCGGCGGGCCCGGCCGUGCGGGUCUGUUCGUGCUCGUGUGCGUGUGCGUGGGGGGGCGCUCGCGGCGCGGCAUGUUUCCGCGGAGGCCGCCGGCCGCGCUGGCCGCCUGGCUGGGGGGCGCGGGGGCGCGGGGCGGGGGCCUGCUGGGCCUGCUGGCCAAUCAGUGCAGCUUCGUCACGGGCCUGCGCGUGCGGCGCGCGCAGCAGAUCGCGCAGCUCUACGGACGCCUGUACUCGGAGAGCGCGCGCCGCGUCCUCCUCGGCCGCCUGUGGCGUCGGCUCCGGGGCCGCCCGGGCCAUGCCACUGCCCUGAUGUCGGCCCUCGCAGGAGUCUUCGUGUGGGACGAGGAGCGGAUCCAGGAGGAGGAGCUGCAGAGGUCCAUUGAUGAGAUGAAACGGUUGGAGGAAAUGUCAUAUGUGUUUGAGAGCCCUGGAGUUGGGCGCCAGCCUCCAGAACCAAAGCCUCAAACAGAAGGAAAGGAAGACUCGGGGGCCAAAGAGCAGCCAUGGGAAAUGGUGAUGGAAAAGAAACACUUCAAGCUGUGGCGGCGCCCAAUUGCUGGCUCCCAUCUUUACCAGUACAGAGUAUUUGGAACCUACACAGAUGUGACACCUCGGCAGUUCUUCAAUGUUCAGCUGGACACAGAAUAUAGAAAAAAGUGGGAUGCCCUGGUCAUCAAGCUGGAAGUGAUUGAGAGGGACGUGAUUAGUGGUUCUGAGGUUCUUCACUGGGUAACUCAUUUUCCUUAUCCCAUGUACUCACGGGAUUAUGUUUAUGUUCGGCGGUAUAGUGUGGAUCAGGAAAACAACGUGAUGGUGUUGGUGUCGCGUGCGGUGGAGCAUCCUAGUGUGCCCGAGUCGCCAGAGUUUGUGCGGGUCAGAUCAUACGAGUCCCAGAUGGUUAUCCGUCCCCACAAGUCAUUUGAUGAGAAUGGUUUUGACUACUUACUGACAUACAGUGACAACCCCCAGACUGUGUUUCCUCGAUACUGUGUCAGUUGGAUGGUUUCCAGUGGUAUGCCAGAUUUCCUGGAGAAGCUGCACACAGCCACUUUAAAAGCCAAGAACAUGGAGAUCAAAGUAAAGGACUAUAUCUCUGCUAAGUCUCUAGAAAUGGGCAGUGAAGCCAAGACCACCACCACAUCGUCUGAGCGGAAGAAUGAGGGUAGCCGUGGCCCUGCCCGGAUUGAGUACGCUUGAAAGGCUUUGGGAGAAGGAGGACUGGGCUUCUCGCCCCACUGGUCACUCUGCUACGGAUCAGGGCGUUGGCUGCAACCAUCCAUGCAAGAUAAUUCAAUAGCUGGUGUCUGGUUUUAUUCAGAACCUUUAUUGUUCUUGAUCAAAACGGAGAGAAAGAGGCAUCCCGGGGGGCACUGUCGAGUCUCAGGGCAGGCAUUUUAAAUUCAGUAUUUUACUGAGCUCAUCUGGAACAAGCCUUCUUCCUUGGUCCAGAAGGGGGCAGCUUAUGUAUGUGCUUCCUGAGUAGUUUUCUCUGCCAACAUUCCAGUUCCUACCAUCACAUCUUCAGCAGUAUUGGGUUUUCUGCAGUUCUGAAGGUCCAGUUGGAAAGCAUGACGGGCUGGUUGAGUCCUUUAGGAGGGGUCACGGGAAGGCUCUUGGUAACAGUUCUGGUGUUGAAUAGAUAUGAACUGUUGCUUGGCAGUGUAAGUGCCUUUUCUUUGCCUUGCUUCUCUCUUUAGGGACAUGAGGUUUGUAUCGAGAAAUGUCUCUCUCAGCCCCGUUGACUUAACCAGUCCAAAGCAGCUUCCUCUGAAUUGAUUAUUUCUUCUGUAUGCAUGCAUCAUAUUAUUCAUUUGGUUCAUCUUCUAAAACCUUAGUCCACAUUUAUCAAGAGCCCGGGGAAGUAAAUAUUUUCGUCUAGAAAGUAGCUUUGUCAGCAGGUUAUAAAAAAGGGUCAGUGGAGACCUCAUUCAAAAUAUAUUUUAAUUCCAGUUCAAAAAAGUUAUUUUUAAAAAUUUUUAAAUGAUUUUUUUUUCAAAAGUAGUAAUUGUGGAUGUAAAUGGGAUUUCUCCAGAGUCCUGCUUUAUGGAAACCCAUUUUGAUUUAGGCGCUUUUGACACUUAAGGCUGGACUGGAUGCCAAGGCGGCUGAGGCGGAGAAUGGGGGUUGGGCCCCUCCCUGGGAGCUCUCCCAGGCUGUGUACGAGAAAACACACCCAGGUGCUGCUAUGAUGGAUUGCGGUUUGUGUCAUCUGGUUCCUCUGAGAAAGUUUUCUUCCUCUCUUCUGAGCUAAAAUAAAAGCAAACUCAACUAUUCAGUUGAACUCACAGUCAGACGGUAUGAAUUGGCCUGGCUGCUAUUAGAAAAAUAGGGAUCACAAUUUAAACCUUCCCCCUCCGCCUUUCUUAGAAUUUAAACAGCUAGAUUUGUCCUUUCCCUCUCUGCUUGCUACCUUUCUGUGUUACUGAAAAAGGGAUCCAAACCUGAGACUAAUUUUAGCCCGUUGACCUUUCAUGCCUGUCAGGUUUUGUGCCAAGAAAACAACUGCCCGGUUUUCAUGCUUUGCCUUCCCUGGCCAGUGGCAGAGCAGGGAGGCAUGUAGAGCCUCUCUCCAUUGGUCAUCACUCUCCUCUCAUUCCAGGACCUGAGAGAAGUCAGGGCAGAGUCCCGGGCUGCGUGUGACUUGGCGCCGUGGGUGUUGGGCAUGUGCGGUGUGUGUGAGUCCGUAGGUGCUAAGAGACUGUGUGCUGCUCGGGAUCUGAUUUCUCGGCAAUUGGACUUUACACUUGGGGAUCGGUCUGUUCAUUUGCUUCUGUCAUUGAAUGAUUUUCACUCCUGUGACAUUUUUAUCAAAUGUGUGAAUAAAUGACAUAAAGAUUGGUACAAAA